CAAUCCAGUUCACAGACCCAGGAGCUGCAGCCUGUUCCCAUCUCCUACCCACCCCACCGCAGGGGCCCCUGAGGCCUCCCCAGCCACUGCAAAGUCUGCCCCUCCCCCAGCAUGUCAUGGAGUCGCCUGGGAAAAUCUGGCUCUGGGCCCGGGGUGACCCAGGCUGGAUUUCUGGCUGUGCUACGCCCCAGCUGAGUAGACAAGCACCUUAAACUUGCUGAGUUUCAGCGUCAUGAGCUAUAAAGCAGGGGUGACGGCACCUGCCCUCAGGGUCACAAGGAAGAUGAACGAAGCCCCUCGGCAGGUGUUGGGCUCAAAGCCCCAGAGAUGAGGCCUGGGGUUGGGGCCCGAGUUAAGCGUCCCGGCCAAGUCCAGGGCUAGGCCUCCAUGGGGACAGCCCAGCUGGGCCGAGGAGGCCGCCCACCACGGGGCCUGCCUCUCUGCAGCCAGCCCGGCCCUCACAAACGAACAAUAACAGGAAACCAUCCUUGGUGGGGGUGGGGGGGUGCACAUGGGCCAGGGCCAGCUGGAAAACCUGAAGGGGCGGCGGCCAGGCCUCCCUCACCGCCGGGUGGGGCUCCCCUCCAGAGGCUGUUGGCCGAGCUCUGCACAGUUCCACGGCACGCUCAGCCCCGGCCGGACAGCCAGACGGAACGGACACACCUCUCAGCCCACAGGCAAGAGCCGUCCGUCCCGGGAAGAUGCAGGUGUUCGUGAUGCUGCUGGCUGCAGGGGGCACCUGCCUGGGCCUGCUAGCUGCAGCGGCCGUCAAACCUGACCAACCCAACCCCCCCAGCUCGCUGCCCAUUCACCGGCGCCAGAAGAGAGACUGGAUCUGGAACCAGAUGCACAUCGAUGAAGAGAAAAACGGCUCACUGCCCCACUAUGUGGGCAAGAUUAAAUCAAGCGUGAACCGCAAGAACACCAAGUACCAGCUCAAAGGAGAGUCUGCCGGCAAGGUCUUCCAGGUUGAUGAGAGCACAGGGGACGUGUAUGCCUUUGAGAGGCUGGACAGGGAGAAGAUCUCUGAGUACCACCUCAUCGCCCUCGUGGUGGACAAGAACACCGAGAAGAACCUGGAGUCUCCUUCCAGCUUCACCAUCAAAGUUCACGAUAUCAAUGACAACUGGCCUGUGUUCACACACCGGGUGUUCAAUGCCUCCGUGCCCGAGAUGUCAGGGAUAGGGACCUCGGUCAUCCAGCUGACAGCAAUGGAUGCAGAUGACCCCACUGUGGCAGACCACGCCUCUGUCGUGUACCAACUCCUGAAGGGAGAAGAACAUUUCAGCAUCCGUGGUUCCGGACUAAUUGUCACAGCGAACAAAAACCUGGACCGAGAGAAGCAGGCCAAGUACGAGAUUGUGGUGGAAGCACGAGACGCCCAGGGCCUCCGGGGGGAAUCGGGCACGGCCACCGUGCUGAUCUCUCUGCAGGACGUCAACGACAACUUCCCCAUCUUCACACAGUCCAGGUACAUAUUUUCUGUGCCCGAAGACAUCCGUGUGGGCAGCCCCCUGGGCUCUCUGUUUGUGGAGGACCCAGACGAGCCCCAGAACCGGAAGACAAAGUACAGCAUCGUGCAGGGCGAGUACAGGGACACCUUCACCAUCGAGCCUGACCCCAGCCGCAACGAGGGCAUCAUCAAGCCCAUGAAGCCCCUGGACUAUGAACGCAUCCGGCAAUACAGCUUCACCAUCGAGGCCACGGACCCCACCAUCGACCUCCGCUACCUGAGCAGCACCUCCACCAAGAACAUCGCCCGUGUCAUCAUCAACGUCACAGAUGUGGACGAGCCCCCCACCUUCCAGCAGCCCUUUUACCACUUCCAACUGCGGGAGAACCAGAAGAAACCUCUGAUCGGCUCAGUGCUGGCCGUGGACCCCGAUGCCGCUAAGCGGAGCAUCAGAUACUCCAUCCGCAGGACAAGUGACAAGGGCCAGUUCUUCGGAAUAACCAAGCAGGGGAAUAUUUACAAUGAGAAGGAGCUGGACAGAGAAGUCUACCCCUGGUGUAACCUGACAGUGGAGGCCAAAGAGCUGGAUUCUAGUGGGACCCCCACGGGCAAAGAAUCCAUCGUGCAGGUCCACAUCGAAGUUUUGGAUGAGAACGACAAUGCCCCAGAGUUUGCCAAGCCCUACGAGCCCAAAGUGUGUGAGAACGCUGCCCAGGGCAAGCUGGUCGUGCAAAUCUCGGCAAUAGACAAGGAUAUAACACCACGAGAUGUGAAGUUCAAGUUUUCCCUGAGCACUGAGGACAGCAACUUCACCCUCACGGAUAAUCACGAUAACACGGCCAACAUCACAGUCAAGUACGGGUAUUUUGACCGAGAGCGCGCCAAGGUCCACCACCUGCCCGUGCUCAUCUCAGACAACGGGAGGCCAAGCCUCACAGGCACCAGCAUGCUGGAUGUGACCGUGUGCAAGUGCAACGAACGCGGCGAGUUCACCUUGUGUGAGGAGGUGGCCGCCCAGGUGGGCGUCAGCAUCCAGGCGCUGGUAGCUAUCUUCCUCUGCAUCCUCACCAUCACAGUGAUCACCCUCCUCAUCAUCCUGCGGCGGCGGCUCCGGAAGCAGGCCCGCGCCCACGGCAAGAGCGUGCCGGAGAUCCACGAGCAGCUGGUCACCUACGACGAGGAGGGCGGCGGCGAGAUGGACACCACCAGCUACGACGUGUCGGUGCUCAACUCGGUGCGCCACGGGGGGACCAAGCCCCCGCGGCCGGCGCUGGACACGCGGCCGUCCCUCUACGCACAGGUGCAGAAGCCGCCGCGGCACGCGCCCGGGGCGCACGGGCCCGGGGAGAUGGCCGCAAUGAUCGAGGUGAAGAAGGACGAGGCGGACCACGACGGCGGCGGCCCCCCCUACGACACGCUGCACAUCUACGGCUACGAGGGCGCCGAGUCCAUCGCCGAGUCCCUCAGCUCCCUCGGCACCGAUUCAUCUGACUCGGACAUCGAUUAUGACUUUCUCAAUGACUGGGGGCCCAGGUUCAAGAUGCUGGCCGAGCUGUAUGGCUCGGACCCCCGGGAGGAGCUGGUGUAUUAGGGGACCAUGGGCCUCUGGGCCUGGGUAGCUCAGGCUAGUCGGACACGGGCACUGAGCCCUCCAAUCACAGCACUCAUGUCCCAGCCUAACAGCCCUUCCUCAUGGGUCCCAGAGACCUCACCACCUUGGAUGGCAAAAUCCAAGUCCCUGAAAUGUCCACGAACGUAUUUCAGUGAUGGGUACUCCCAAAACGGUGGAAAACACCAGGCUGGUGUUCUGUCUGGGCCGAGACAUCCACAUAACCCUGUCACCUGCGACUACGGGUUCAACUCAAAGACUUUCUCAGUCUUCUCAAAGCAGAUUAUGCUCAACUGCCAGGGGGAGGUCUUCCCCUGAGGUCCCUGAACCCCUAGGGGGGGGCAGCUGGGGGGGGGGGGUCCUGGUGCCUGCCACCUGGAGGCAAGGGGCUGAAUGGCAUGACUGUGGGGCGAGACUCUCUGUAGCCCGGUCCCCCAGGAGACUGGGCCCGCCCCCCAGGCCUGCCCUGCUUUAGCUUCCUCACACCCUCCCAAGACCCCCAGCAUUCUGCAGCCUCUCUCCAGGCCUGUCAAAAGGAAGGAAGGGCCUCUUGACAUCUCCUGACCUUGGGUCUUGAGGUGACCUCGCUGGCCUGCCAUGCCUGUAACUAUGCUGUACUGGGUACUGAAAAUUCAUCCAAGGUCAGGGAAAUGGCUCGUUGAACUUUAAAGCAACUGUGAAUUCAUCCUGGAGGGACAGUGCAGACCAAACGAGACCACAGAUCAUAGGGUGAGGGCCACCUCCACACCCACUCUCUCCAGAGAGGGCCAGGAGUCGCUGUGACCCCAAUUGGACACUCACGACACCCCUCCAGUUUUGCCUGGGAAGCAGGGCAGAUGUUCCCGGAGCAGAAGACCUCUCCCUGCCUCGCCCGGUCACUCACUCAUGCCCUUUCUUUUUUCUUUCUCUCCAUCUACUCUUGAUCUCUCGACUUAGAGGCACUUAAGGUGUGACCCACAUCAACUCUGGCCAAAGUCCAAACCCAAACAUGACUGCGCAACACAGCUGUGCCAUUUGCCUUUACACCUCGUUGUUGCCACAUCUCAGGGAACCCCAGCAGGGCCCCAUCCCUACAGAAGGCAAGGCCCCUGCUCAGGCCCAGUGGUCACCAGUUCCUCUUCCACUUUCAGCCACGUACGGAACUUUCCACUGCAAACACACCUUAGGGAAGUGGCAUCACUCAACGGGGGUGCGGGGAAGGAGGCAAACUCUCUGACUCACCAUUUGUCAUGGACCAAGGUUCCUGCUCUGGGCAAGGCCCCUCAAUUCAGGGGACUGUAGAUAACACUGACUUUUUAUUUUUAACCAAUAACGAGUUUUUCAUAUUUUUUUUUUACUAAUAAUACUUAUACAUUUCUAGCUCUCACAAACAUAUAGAAUAAGGGUUUUUGCAUAAUAAGCAGGUUGCUAUUUAGGUUAACAAUUUUAAUUCAGGUUUUUUAGUUGGAUAAACAAAUUCCUGUAACCUUCUAUUUCCUAUCAUUGUAGUAAUUGCUCUAGUGAUAAUGACUAUAUAUAUAUUGGCUACACUGGUGCAUGGGACAUACUGUAUUUUUUUAUAACUAAAUAAAGAAAAAUCUUGAAAUACUUCUCUUUCUAGAGCUGAGCGAGCUCAUGUGAAACACAAGCACAUACACCACCACCACCACCGUCAGAGGAACCCAGGGUGCAAGGCGACAUUUGCAGUCAGAAACACACUGCAGGAAAGUGACUGCAGCAGAGGGACACCUAGCCCAUCCCGGUUUCCUCUCAGAGCCCCAUGCCUUCCCUCAGCCUCUGUACGUGGCCCCCAAUCCCACCCCGACUCUACACAGCAGGCAGGGCCUCUGGAAGCUGGAGCUGCCACACCUUUUCCAACUGAGAAAUGAACCAGACGAGUGAUAUACAUCAGCAGUGAGGGAGGAAAUCUAAUUAGCUGGUUGACAACAGUGAUGGAGCGGCUGGCAUUUAGUGGGGUGUGUGGACCCCAACAUUGGGGUCCUGCCUGGAAAACCUCACAAUCGAAAAUGAGAACAGGAAGCCUCUUUGCCAGACUUGGGACUUGAAUUGGGUAGGUGGGAGAUGAAGCUCACUGCAGCAAGGCCCCCGCGCCUUCAUGUCCUGCAGGAUUUCCUGGGCUGUGUGUCUCCCAGGGAUGAGAUUUUGCAAACUGUGCUCUGGAUGCACUUUCCUGGAGCUCUCAGGGGGCAAUUUGUCUUAAUUUCAAUUUUGCUCUAAUUUUAUUGGGAUUUCUUUUUUGAUCCAUUGGUUAUUUGUUUUUGAAAUGUAUUGUUUAAUUUCCAAACAUCUGUGAACUUUCCCAAUUUCCUUCCAUUAUUGAUUUCUAAUUUCAUUCCACUGUGGUCAGAGAACAUAAGUUUUAUGAUUUAAAUCCUUGUAACUUUACUGAUACUAGCUUUAUACCCUAACAUAUGUUUUAUCCUGAAGAAUGUUCCAUGUGCACUAGAGAGGAAUAUGUAUCCUACUGUUGUGAUGGAGUGUUCUAUAGUGGUAUGUUAGUGUUGUUCAAGACUUUUAUUUCCACACUGAUUUUCUGUCUAGUUAGUCUAUCAAUUAUUGAAAGUCUAAUGCUAAAAUCUCCAGCUAUUACUGUUGAAUUGUAUAUUCCUCCCUUCAACUCUCAUCAGAUUUUGCUUCAUAUAGUUUGAGUCUCUGUUGUUACGGGCAUAUAAUCUUAUAAUUGUUGUAUCUUCCUGAUGGAUUGACCCUCUGAGCAUUAUCACAUGUACCUCUUUACAUCUAGUCACAAUUUUUAUCUUAAAGUCUAUUUUGUCUGAUAUUAGUAUAGUCACUCCAGCUCUCUUUUGGUUACUGUUUACAUGGUAUAUCUUUUUCUAUCCUUUUCUUUUCAACCUAUUUGUGUCUUUUAAUAGAAAGUGUGUCUUCUGUGAACAAAAUAUAGUUGGAUCAGGGCAGUUUAUCCAUUCUACCAAUCUCUCUUUGAUUGCAAUGUUUAAUCCUUUUACAUUUAAUGUAAUUACCAACAAGGUAGGGUUUAUGCCUGUCAUUUUCCUAUUUGUAUUCUUUGGCUUAUGUCUUUUUUGUUCCUCUAUUACCCCAUUAUUGCCGUGUUUAUGUUAAAUAGAUAUUUUAUAGUGUACCAUUUUAAUUCUCUUGACGUUUCUUUGACUAUAUUUUAUGUUUUUUUCUUAGUGGUUCUCCUAAGGAUUAUACUUAAAAUCUUAACUUAUAACAAUCCAGUUAGAAUUUGUAACAACUUAAUUUAAGUAGUGUACAAAACUUUGCCCCUAAUAGAUCCACUCCCUCCCCGCUCCUUUGUGCUAUCGCUGUUGUACAUACUACAUUUUUAUACAUCGUAUGCCCAUCAACAUAGAUUUAUAAUUAUUGCUUUAUGCAGUUGUCUUUUAAAUCAUAUAGGAGGGAAAAAAAGAGUUACAAACUAUA